CCCUCGCCCACCCCCCCGUCUUGUUUUAAGUGCGCUCUCGAGCGAGGGAGAGCAGGCAGAAAGUGGGGGUCGAUGGAGAAAGCAGCCCCCUACGUCACAGAGAGACGCUCCUCACAGAUAAACACUCGGACACAAAGACGCCAGCAUCUCUGCUCUCACCGCCGUUCUCCCCGCCUCGCCUCCAGAUCAGAGCAGAAACACGCCCACGCACAAACACACAGCCGCAUCCUCCUUUAUUUCAUACCCCCUUCCUCAAAUCUUGAUCUCGGUCGUUGCCGACCCUCAUACCACACCCUACAGCUUUUUAUUUCCUUACCAUUUCUGAGGGAAGGUUGUUUUUGUUGAACCGGAGCCACAGGUAAUCUGAUUUUGCUUGAAACGAGGCGCUACUUGAAGAUGAAGAAGAUCUGGUCCAAGAAAAGAUUUCAGAGAACUGGGCAUUCCACUCGGACAUUUGGCAGAUUCACCCAUGGUGUGUUGUCAGUAUGAGCUUAUUCUCAGCACUUACAGUUUCUUUUUCUUUUUUUCCUUGUUAAUUUGUCUUUUGUUCUAUUGGAGAACCGCUGUAGCCUUUCGUUCUUCUCGGUUUAGCCUUCACCAGCAUGUGUUUCCACUGAUAUUUACUCCAGCACUUAUUAUUUGGUAUAUGGAACUUGUUAUUGCCUAAGUCUACUUGUAUGUUUUGCUGUUUAACUGCACACAAGUGGGCUUUGUUAUUGUACAUCCACCCCCACAAAGUGGUAUUUUUGUAUCGCACUGCUGCCUCUUUGCAAAAAGCACAAUCCUCAUGUGGAAAACAUCUAUCCCUUCUCAUUUGUGCCAUAAUAUUUGGGAAUGUUUGUGCAACUGAUGGCUCAAACCAAAAGCAGAUACUUUAACUCCAAACCUCAUUUAGAAUCCAAUCCAAGCUUUACGCUUUCCUUGUAUAUUCAGCGCUCUCUCUGCAAUGUGUUUAACUUCAUGACAUUCAGACGGGUGGAUCUACAUACCCAGAGCCGCAAAAGGCGCACACUCUCUAAUGGUGAUUGUUCUUUUCUUGUGGUCGUGCAAUGAUCUAAUCAGGAUUUUUGACUUGAUGCGAGGCGCAAUGAGGUGCAACCCAUUUUGUGGUUGUCGUCCUCCUCCUCUCCCGCAGACUCUCUAACCAGUAAACAUAUCUGUCAGCCACCCAGCAGUUUGGCUGGUGAUUUUUAGACUCUAAUGGGUACGAAGAGGAUUGGUCGUGUGGGUGAGAGAGAUGCUGGUUUCCAUAGUAACGGUGCUCUCCCGUCUGCCCUCUCUUGCUGCCACUAUGGAAGCGAAGUUUUCCGCUCCUGCCGAAAGCAAAGCUAUGACUCUGAGACGACAGAAGAUGAAACGACUGAACCUCAGAUGGAAACCAAGGAAGGGCCCGGGAGGCACCAAGACAAAGCCGGACGGAAAGGACCAUCGGGUGAAGGAGGACGGAUGAUGGACUAUAACCCGGACGCUUCGGAUCGCAGGGCCACGCUCCCCGGCACCUACGACCCCGUGGUGGAGCGGGAGCUCCGGGCUUUGGGUUCCCGCCCGCCGGGACCGCAUUUGGACCCCUCAAACCCAGCAAGGAACAAAACUCCUGAGGCAUCCCGGGGGUUCUCCUCUCAUGUCCUCCCAUCCUCUACCCAGCCAGCGUUAAUCAAAAACCUUGACAAAGACAAAACUGAAGACCCCGAAGCAUCUAAGACUUCUGGCAGUGGCAGCGUUAUCAUGACUCCGAAGCUGGCUCGCGCCGGACCCAAGAUCUUUGACAAGGUGCGGGCCUUUGAGGAGCGAAGAAGGAGUGUGGAUCUGCCAGAAGGGGCGGCGUCCGUGGACUCGGAUGACAGGAAGAAGACAGGAGGCCCCAGCAAGGAGGAGGGGAAUGUCCUGCAGGGAGUAGCUCAAAAGAGAGCAGCAUUCCAGCAGCGGGCCUCCUCGCUGGAGGACAAGACCACCUACUCCCAGAGGGUUCAGAGCUACCAGAACAAGUUUGCCGAGGAGCUCCAGAGGAUCAAGAAACUUGUGGGGAAAUCCAGCCUGAAGAAGGCGUACUCCACUGAGCAGCUGUCGCAGAAGGAAAGGAUCCACUCGGGGAAAAUAGAGCCCAUUCCUCAGCAUGUGGUGCGGAAGCUGGAGGCCAGGGAGCAGGCUCUGGAGGGGGAACGGGAUGGGACACCCCAGGUUCCUGCACCGUUCCCCGCCGGACCUCUAGGCCACCGGAGGGAGAAUCCUCGUUGGGACAAUGUGGCACAGGCGGCCGGAGGCUCAUCCCGAGAAAGCUUUGGGAAAAGCUUGGUUGCCAUGGAAACGGAAGCAGUUCACCAGUUGCCAGGACAACCACUGGCAACAGCAGCCAGGAAAAGUCUAAACAGUGAAAGUCUUCGGAGCUCACCAGCAGAUGACAAACACACACUUCUUCCCACUUCCUUCAAGUCUUCAUCCUCCUCCAGAGAUGCGGGAACACAUUCAACCACAGACACCAAGAUGGAAAACAAAUCACAUCAUGGAUACUCAAACUCAACUGGGAAGAGAUCAUCCCCUGUGCCGUCGGGGGAACCGUCGUCCCAACAUCCGCCCAAAUCCAACCGGCCUUCGCCGGCGCUCCCUCCUGCGGUUAGCCCCUUAUUGAAGAAGAGGAGGGCUGAGGUGGGACGGGUCUCUCUGGCUUUGAAAGUCACCAUCCCCAACAUCCUGGUGGAGGACGAGCCCAUGGAGGAGGAAGGUCCAACAGAUGACAACAAAGGCAAACACCGAACCGGACGAAGGGAAGGUCGAGUACGCACAAACAAGCAAGGCCAGACAAUGUCUGCAGAGGAAGAAAUCGGUCAUGUGCAGCGUGGGAAAUCAUCUUCAACUGUAAUGGUCAGCAGUCCAGUGCAGUCGGAUGAAGAAUAUCUUAGUCCUCAGGAGGAGAAGAUGGAGGCUGGAGACUCACCGUCCUUGAAUAAAGGCAUCUCCUUCGGGGAACCUCCCUCAUUUCAGGUGUCCCCUUGUGACCAGGCAGUGAUCGAGGGUCAAGAGGUUGUUAUAGCAGCAAAAAUCCGAGGGCAUCCCAAACCCACGGUGUCAUGGCUGAAGGACAGAGCGGCGGUGAAGGCGGGGGGCCGCUUUGCUGUGCGAGAGACGGCAGACGGCACUUGUGAAAUGAGAAUCAGCGCCGCUCACAGGUCAGACGCAGGACUGUAUGUUUGUAAGCUCCACAGUGAGCGUGGAACCAAGCAGGUGGAGUGCAGAGUAGAAGUCAAAGCAGCAGCAGCUCCGAUAGAGCUCAGAAUCACCAGAGCCGCUGAAGACGUAGCAGUCAAGGCUGGGGAUUCGGCCAUCUUUGAGUGCCACAUCACUGGGCCACCAGAUGUGGAGGUUGACUGGCUGUCUGAUGGAAAGCUCAUCCAGCCAGCGCUGCUCAACUGCAAGAUGCAUUUUGAUGGAAAGCGGUGCCGCCUAAUGCUGAAUUCAGUGCACGAGGAUGACAGUGGGACAUACACCUGCAAACUGAGCACUGCCAAAGAGGAGCUGACCUCAAACGCAAACCUGAGAGUUGCUCCAUCCAGAGAACCUCUGUUCACUCGCAAACUGGACAUCCUGGAGGUCAUCGAAGGACGCACCGCACGCUUUGACUGUAAGGUGAGCGGAUCACCUGCCCCGCGAGUCACAUGGAGGCAUUUUGAGACACGAGUGGAAGAGAAUGAUAACAUUCGCAUCCUUCAAGAAGGAGGUCGUCACUCACUUGUCAUCUCCCACGUUAGCAGCGACACGGAGGGUUUCUACACCGCAGUCGCUCAGAACGUUUACGGAAAGUCCGAAUGCACUGCAGAGCUGUAUGUGCAGGAAUCACGGGCUGCCAUCUCCUCCCACAUGGCCAAGUUAGAGAAGAUGCCAUCCAUCCCUGAGGAGCCUGAGGUUCUGGAAAACGAGUUGGAAAGAAGAACCAUGCCAGAUUUUGUCAAGCCUCUGGCGGAUGUGGAAGUAGUCGAAGGGAAGGAAGCCGUGCUGAAAUGCAAAGUGUCUGGCCUGCCCUACCCAACCAUCGCCUGGUACCACAACGGCAAACGCAUUGAGAGCAGCGAGGAGCGCAAAAUGACUCAGCACAGGGAUGUCCACAGUCUGGUCAUCCGGGGCGCCUGCCACGCUCACGGGGGCGUCUAUAAGGCAGUUAUAUCCAACAAAGUGGGCAAGUCGGCCUGCUACGCUCACCUCUACGUUACGGAUAUUGUUCCUGACCCUCCGGAUGGUCCUCCGGUUAUUGAGGCCAUCACAGGGAAAACCAUAACCCUCAGCUGGAAGCGACCGAAGAGGCUCGACCCUUCACUGGAUGCCAGCUCGUUGCUGUUCAUGGUCCAGCAGCAGCCUCUGGGAUCCAUCCAGUGGUCUGUUGCGGCAUCUAACCUGAAGGAGACAAAUCACACUGUCACCUCCUUAUCCAAGGGAGUCCGUUACGCCUUCAGGGUCCUGACAUCGACCGGGAAGACUCUGAGCAAACCAUCCCCCUCCACUGAUCUGGUCCAGCUGCUGGACAAAGGGCCAUAUUUGAGGAAGGCGCCAGUUAUUCUGGACAAACCCGACAUUGUGUUUGUGGUGGAGAACCAACCUGCUAACAUCACUGUCACGCUGAACCACGUACAUGCAGUAGUGACCUGGAAAAGGAGGGGAGUUGCAUUGAUUAACAGACUGGGAAUGUAUGAGAUGAGCAUGCCAGACGACGAUCAACACACCCUGAGGAUCCAGCGGGUCAGGACCUCUGACAUUGGCCAGAUGGUGGUCACCGCUAGCAACCAGUUUGGCAGCGACCUCUGCACACUGCAGCUGGCCAUGGCGGUUCUUCCUAAAUUUGAAUCUAUCAUGGAGGACGUUGAUGUGCAGGUUGGGGGAACGUUACGUCUGGCUGUGGUAGUGGAGGGGAAACCAGAUCCGGAUAUUCUGUGGUUUAAGGAUGAUCUCCUUCUCUCUGAGAGCAGCCACUUCACGUUUGUGUAUGACGACCCGGAAUACUCCCUGGUCAUCUUGAGCGCCAAGCAGGAACACUCAGGCGUGUACACCUGCACCGCCAAGAACGUGGCUGGCUCCGUGUCCUGCAAGGCCGAGCUCACGGUUCACACAGAACGAAAAGCGGCAGCCGAGCCAGUGGAGGACGAGGGGACCAUUCUGAGGAAGAUGAGGCGUUUGACGGAUUAUUAUGAUGUUCACAAGGAGAUAGGGAGGGGGGCCUUCUCUUAUGUGAAGAGAGCGACGCUGAAGUCGGAAAAGGCGGAUUUUGCGGCUAAAUUCAUCUCCGCCCGAGGAAAGAGGAAAGCUUUGGCCCUCAGGGAGAUGGAUCUGCUUUCUGAGCUGGACAACAACCACAUCCUUUACUGUCAUGACGCUUUUGAGAAGAAGAACAUAGUGGUGCUCAUCACAGAAUUAUGUCACGAAGAAAUGUUGGACAGGAUGGCCAGGAAAUCGACCGUCAUGGAGAAGCUGAUUCGCAGCUGUGUCCAACAGAUUUUGGAGGGGCUUGGAUAUCUUCACCAAAAAAAUAUAGCUCACCUUGAUGUGAAGCCUGAAAAUAUUUUAAUGGCCAGUCCAGGUAGUGACCUCAUCCGCAUAUGUGACUUUGGGAAUGCCAUCAAAUUGGACACUUCAGAGGACUAUUACUGCAAAUACGGCACACCGGAGUACGUUGCUCCAGAGAUCAUUAACCAAACUCCAGUUUCCAUGGCCACAGACAUAUGGCCUGUCGGAGUCAUCACUUAUCUCUGUCUGACUGGGGUGUCUCCGUUUGCCGGUGAGAAUGACAGAGCCACCGCGCUGAACAUCAGGAACUACAACGUGGCGUUCGAGGAGGGCAUGUUUUCAGAGCUCUGCAAAGAGGCCAAAGGAUUCGUCAUCAAGCUUCUGGUGGUGGACAGGCUGAGACCAAAUGCCAUAGAGUGCCUUCGUCAUCCAUGGUUCAAGUCACCUACAAAUAAGAGCAUCAGCACAGCUAUGCUAAAGCAGGUUAUUGCUAGAAGGCGCUGGCAGCGUUCCCUUAUCAGCUAUAAAUCCAAAAUGGCAUUAAGGUCCAUCCCAGAGCUCCUCAACGACUCCUCCAGCCAUGUUUCAAUCGCUGUUGCUCGACAUUUGAAGGAAGGCUCCCCACCUCCUUCUUCCUCGUCCGAUUCAGACGCAGAUGUGGACGAGCUUCCGUUUAUUCCGAUGCCCCUGUCCAUGGUUUUCUCUGGAUCCAGGGUCUCGCUUAAUGAGAUCCCAGGGGACGAGGAUGUCAGAUGGCCGACUGUCUACGUUAAUAGUACAAGGACGAAGGAAAAUAUGGAUGUAGAUGGUUCUGCGGCAAAGGGGAAUAAAAAUAUUACAGAUGAAGUGGAAACUCAAAAUGAGGAGAGAACAGAAAAGGCUAAACGAGAAGACCUGAAGAAAGGAUCAGGCAUAGAGUCUAAUGAAGCACAGACAAGAGCCAGGAGGGCUACCAUGAGGAGAGGCAGCUCUGCUGAUUCAGCUCUGCUUCUCCAUGUAGAUCCAGAGGAAGGAAAUGCAAAUGAAGACUCAGAGGCAGGUACGAAGAGCCUAAAAAAGGCUGUUUCUAUGGAACUGCCCAAUCGCAGCCCAAGCCCAGGGGCUACAAAGUUAAAUCAGGAGGAUUAUACCUUAAAAUUAGAGCUAAUGAGGCAACGGCUGCUCAGGGGAGGAAGUGUUGAUAAAAAAUUGAGUGGCCUACGGGGGCCGCUGUUUGAAACCCUUGGCAUAGAUGAGGAAAGGCAGACGGGGUCUCUUGAGAGAAGUUUGAGAAGAUCCAGAGCAGGACCCUCAACACUUACCAAAGCAGCAUCUUCUGAAAGCUCAGGAGAAGACACACCAAAGACCAAAGUUUUUUGUAAAAGUGUUUCCUUCUCACAGGGGGAUUCAGAGCCCAUGUCCCUACACCGUAGGUUUGGAGCCCCCUUAGAGAUUCCAUCUGCUUCCACUGCUCAGACAGAAGGGAAGAAACUGCAGGAGGCAAUUUCAAUGUCUGCGCUGACUGAACAAGCAACACUGGAGUCUGAAGCAAACUCACCCAAAGAAAAAGCUUCCUUUGCUCUCCCAGCAACAGAAAAAAUGGACCAAGAGCAAAACAAUUGCAAUGUGAAAGGUUCAGAUAUAGAUGAAGCAACAGAGAAAAGGACCAAAGCUGAUUCUGAAACAUCUAUUAUUACUCCUAAAAUUGUUAUAGAAGAGAAAGAGAAAGAAAACAGCAUGAAUGAAAAGGUUAGAGUUUCCACACUAUCUGAAAAAUCAACCAAGGGCCAAUCAAAAUCCUUUGCUGCUGCACACAAGCCAAAUGACUCAGAUAUAUCUUCCUUACCUGAGCAUCCAGCUGUAUUUGCCAAAGUAGCAACAGAAGACAGACCUGCUGGUUCUCCUUCCUCGUCUUCAAACCCCGAUCUUACCAUCAUCCCUCGCCAACCCGUUCUCAGAACAGACAUCAAAAACAUUGAUUCAGUGGAAGUCUUUGAGGCCAAGUUUAAGAAGCGUGAGUCAUCCUUAACCCGUGGCCUCCGCAAACUGACCAGAAACAAGUCUGAGGAGAAAUCCCCGGUGUUGAGCCGAAAGACUGUUGAAGGGGGUGAGGACAUUUACAGGCCAGGGCCGAGAGGGGCGCCACUUGAAAUAGCAUCCAAGGGAAUUCCAGAGAAAUCUAAAUCUGCCCAAGACUUAAGAGAGGUAGAUCAGGAAACAGGCCUUGGUCUGAUCGGGAGGUUUUCAUUGAAAGGAAAGAGGUCGACAUCUACUGAGAAAAAGGAGGAAAAGCAACCAAAUGUACAAGAAACUGCUGUAAGUAAGAGGGUUUCAUGGGCUGUUGGUCGCAGUAAGUCUCUGGACACAAAGGAUCUGGAUGCUUCUGGAGCAAGGAAGCGGUCUGAAGAGCAACAAUCUGGGAAAGCUGAGGAGUCCUCGGUUUCUGCCAUGAGACGAAAGUUUGAGUCCAAAGUGGCGGGAAUCUCUGCAAAAUUUAGGAGCCAAUCAGAAGAGAGAAAGGCUAAAGAGGCUGGAGGAAGUCAGAAAGACCUUGAGCAAAGGGAUCUCAACAAGGUCUCAGAAUCCCCUGUUCUUACAAUACGUCACAAGUUUGAGAACAAAGUGGCGGGAAUAUCCUCAAAAAUCCGCAGUCAGUCAGAAGAAAGGAAAGUAGACGGAGAGGGUAGGAACACACCUCUGUUUGCUCGGCACCGUCAUUCCCACUCUGAAGGUCGUGGACUCAAAGGAAUGGGUAUCCCUGAAAAUCAGCUGGCAAAACAAACCGGUGCUGCUGCAUCGAAGGAAUCCAUUGAGUCCAACUCCAGCAUCCAUUCCGAUAAAGCCUCGGAGGGUGACAGACGGUCGCGGUGGGACCGGUGGGGCUUAUCCAGAACCAGGAGAGACAAAACUCCCUCCCAAUCUGACUUACCCUCAACUGCACCCAAAGAGGAAGGUCUGACAAAAAGCCAGCAGUUCAUCCGCUCUGCUUCUGAUUUUGCUCCGGUGUUCCACAUCAAACUGAAGGACCAUGUCCUAUUAGAGUGGGAAGCUGUGACUCUGAGUUGCCUUCCAGCUGGCAGUCCACCCCCACAGAUUACCUGGAUGAAGGAUCGGAAACUGUUAGAGGUGACGGACAACCGGAUCAAGCUGCUGAACCACCCAGACGGCAGGCAGCUUCUGACCAUUCAGAAGUGCAGCCACAGAGACGCUGGGGUGUACGAAUGCGUCGCUACCAACCCAAUCGCUACUGUCACCACCUCCUGCACGCUUUCUAUAGCUUCUGUUCCAAAGCGACCCGGAACCCCUGAAGUGGCUCAGACUUACAACAACACGGCUCUGGUGCUGUGGAAGCCGUCGGACACAAAAUCUCCCUGCAGCUACUCUCUGGAACGGAGAAGUGAAGCUGAUUCUAACUGGGUAACUGUGGCCACUGGGAUAGCAGAUUGUUACUACAAUGUCACUGACCUGCCACUAGGGGGGGCCAUUAGGUUCAGAGUCUCCUGCGUCAGCAAGGCAGGACAAGGUCCUCACAGCAACUGCUCUGCUCCGGUCAGCCUGGACUCAGCAGACGGAGGAGCUUCACCUGCAGUCGCUGUAGUAAAAAUAGUCCCAACUCCACCUGAACCAGCACUGAAACCUAACCCAGAUGUCAAAGUCAUCUCCACCAUCUCAACCUCUCCUCCUCCUCCGUCUGCCCUGACCUCUGACCCUCCCACAGGUCCUCCAUCACCGCCUGCUAGCAUAACCCCAGAGGAAAAGCAAAGCAGCGCUCUGCCUUCCUCUAGCACAGUCAAAGCCUCUCCGUCCUUCAUCUUGUUCAAGCCCCAGAGUCCGAUAAACGUGGUGACCCCUAUGACCCAAACCCCGCCUCCUCUUGUAAGCCUGCCCUCUACCCCUACCAAACCUUUGGUUGCAUCCGUACCCAGCUACGUCCCCACCACUGCCGCCACGGCACACGUGGCUCCCGCCCCGGUGUCUUUUUCCCCACCGGUCCUCCAGGCCUCCAGCUUGAGCCCCAUUGCAGAGGGUGCCAACACCCCGACCAGAAGCACCCCAUCUGAACGCAACACGCCCUCUACUGCUCUGAGACAAGGAGUUCCACAGAAACCAUACACCUUCCUGGAUGAGAAGGCCAGAGGUCGGUUUGGGGUGAUCCGUGAGUGCAGGGAGAACGCCACCGGAAAGAUCUACAUGGCCAAAAUCAUUCCCUAUAGCCAGGAGAGCAAGCAGAAAGUGCUGAAGGAGUACGAGAUCCUAAAGUCGCUUCAUAAUGAGAAGGUCAUGGCUCUCCACGAGGCCUACAUCACACCACGGUACCUGGUGUUGGUGGCUGAGUACUGCACUGGCAAAGAGCUGCUGUUCAGCCUCACUGACAGGUUUCGGUUUUCGGAGGAUGAUGUAGUUGGCUACCUGGUUCAAAUCCUCCAGGCGGUGGAGUACCUCCACAGCCGCAGAGUCCUCCAUCUAGACCUAAAGCCUGAGAACAUCCUGGUGACCAGCCUUAACGUGGUUAAGAUUGUAGACUUUGGCAGUGCUCAGAGUUUCAACCCCCUCAACCUGGAACCCCAGGGCACAGGAGCAGGAACCCUGGAAUACAUGGCUCCCGAGAUGGUCAAAGGGGAAGUCGUCGGUCCUCCUGCCGACAUUUGGACCGUUGGAGUCGUCGCCUACAUCAUGCUUAGUGGUCGACUGCCCUUUGAAGAUAAGGACCCUCGGCAAGUUGAAUCUAAAAUCCUGAUGGCCAAGUUUGACCCUAGCAAACUCUACCCAAAUGUUUCCCAAAGUGCCUCAGUUUUUCUCAAGAAGAUGUUGAGCAGUUAUCCAUGGGCUCGUCCAACCACGCGGGACUGCUUCACCCAGGCCUGGCUGCAGGACUCAUACCUGAUGAAGCUCCGGAGGCAGACGCUCACCUUCACCUCCAGCCGACUCAAGGAGUUCCUGGUGGAGCAGCAGAGCUGUCGCACGGAGAGCGCCACCAAGCACAAGGUGCUGCUGCGCACCUACCAGGGCUCGCCACGCAGCCCAGCAUCUGGCACCGCGCCACACCUACCCAGCCCCAAGUGAACACUGGGCAGGAGUCGCCCCAACAGAACCACUGCUGAUACCAAGCACCGCGGGCAGACAGUUGGACCCACACGGGAGUCCAUGUGCUACCUGCAGACCACAGAGAAUACAUUCAACUCAUAAACUCCUUAUAAACUGUAUUAAAAGGACAGGAAGACUUUUGGUUUUAGCCUCUUUGUCGUUUUGUUAAUUCUGACAUUGCAGUUUAAUUUGCCCUACAUUUGAUAUCCAGUGGUGGGCACACUUCCACUAAUGUGCUAGCAGAGGAGCUAAUUUUUCAUUCAGCAAUUUACUAACCCAGAAAAGUGCACUUAGCUUUCCCUAAUUUAAUAUUUCCAAAUCAAUUCUAAAGCUCUAAUUUAUUCGGUUGUUGUGUAAACUUUCAGUUGAAAAACGUUUGACAUCUGCUACCGGUUCUGUUUCCCCUCCUGACUUUCUUUUUUACCAAAUAGCUUUAAAGCAAACGGGAAACAUACAGGAACAAAAUAAUAUGCAGCCCAGAACAAGAUAAAAAAUGUAACUGAAUUAUAGACAAAUGGAAAUUAUGUCAAAAUUAAACUGGUUCUUGAGGGUUGUAGCCUCUUGCUAAUGCUAAACCAAAACUUAAGUUGGUACUUUAGCAUUAGCUUCCACUAAAUACAAUGUUGGUGUUGUGCAUCAGCAUCAGCGGAACUAAUUAGGGCUUUAGGUUUAGCGCAGCAAACUUUUCAGUUAGCGGUGCCCACCACUGUUGAUACCAAGAUGCUUUCUUUAGUAGUUUUAUCUUGAAAACACAUUUUUGUCACGCAGUUUGGCGGUAAUCGUCAUGCUAAUGUACCACUAUUAAAGCUGCUAACUUUAUUCUGCAUUUUGUCUCAUUUUAAGACAUCAAAAAUAUUGCUUUUCCCUUCUUUAAAAGAUGUUUACUUUUUUUUAAUGUUAAUUUAUUUGCAUGUGUGUGCACAUCUUUGAGUCACUUUUCGAUAUAACUAUAAGGCGGAAUAGAAAAAAAAAAA